GCGUCUCCUAGCCCGACGCGCUCGCUAUACUCACGUGACUGCCUCAUCCGGGUCCUUUGCGUUCUCUCUCCCUCUCCCAACAUGGCGGCCUCAGCAAAAAAGAAGAAUAAGAAGGGGAAGACUAUCUCCCUAACAGACUUUCUAGCUGAGGAUGGAGGGACUGGUGGAGGAAGCACUUAUGUCCCCAAACCAGUCAGCUGGGCUGAUGAAACAGAUGACCUAGAAGGAGAUGUUUCAACCACUUGGCAUAGUAAUGAUGACGAUGUGUAUAGGGCACCUCCAAUUGACCGUUCCAUUCUGCCCACUGCUCCACGGGCUGCUCGGGAACCCAAUAUCGACCGGAGUCGUCUUCCCAAAUUGCCACCCUACACUGCUUUUCUAGGGAACCUGCCCUAUGAUGUGACAGAAGACUCCAUCAAGGAAUUCUUUAGAGGAUUAAAUAUCAGUGCAGUGCGUUUACCACGUGAACCCAGCAAUCCUGAGAGGUUGAAAGGUUUCGGUUACGCUGAGUUUGAGGACCUGGAUUCCUUGCUCAGUGCCCUGAGCCUCAAUGAAGAGUCUCUAGGUAACAGGAGAAUUCGAGUGGACGUUGCUGAUCAAGCACAGGAUAAAGACAGGGAUGAUCGUUCUUUCGGCCGAGAUAGAAAUCGGGAUUCUGACAAAACAGACACAGACUGGAGGGCCCGGCCUGCUACAGACAGCUUUGAUGACUACCCGCCUAGAAGAGGUGAUGACAGCUUUGGAGACAAGUAUCGAGAUCGUUAUGACUCUGACCGAUAUCGUGAUGGGUAUCGGGACAGUUACCGUGAUGGGCCGCGCCGGGACAUGGAUCGAUAUGGGGGCCGAGAUCGUUACGAUGACCGAGGCAGCAGAGACUAUGAUAGAGGCUACGAUUCCAGGAUAGGCAGUGGCAGAAGAGCGUUUGGUAGUGGGUACCGUAGGGACGACGACUACAGAGGAGGCGGGGACCGCUAUGAAGACAGAUAUGACAGACGAGAUGACCGGUCAUGGAGCUCCAGAGAUGAUUAUUCUCGGGACGAUUAUCGGCGUGAUGAUAGAGGUCCCCCCCAAAGACCCAAACUGAACCUAAAGCCUCGGAGUACUCCUAAGGAAGAUGAUUCCUCUGCUAGCACCUCCCAGUCCAGUCGAGCAGCCUCUAUCUUUGGAGGGGCAAAGCCUGUUGACACAGCUGCUAGAGAACGAGAAGUAGAAGAGCGGCUGCAGAAGGAGCAGGAGAAGUUGCAGCGUCAGCUGGAUGAGCCAAAACUAGAACGGCGGCCUCGGGAGAGACACCCAAGCUGGCGAAGUGAAGAAACUCAGGAACGAGAACGGUCAAGGACAGGAAGUGAAUCAUCACAGACUGGGACCUCAGCCGCAUCUGGCCGAAGUAAGUCAGACCAGGAUGCACGAAGAAGAGAGAGUGAGAAGUCUCUAGAAAAUGAAACAUCCAAUAAAGAGGAAGACUGUCAUUCUCCAACUUCUAAGCCUCCCAAACCUGAACAGCCUCUAAAGGUAAUGCCAGCCCCUCCACCAAAGGAGAAUGCUUGGGUGAAGCGAAGUUCUAACCCUCCUGCUCGAUCUCAGAGCUCAGACACAGAGCAGCAGUCCCCUACAAGUGGUGGAGGGAAAGUAGUUCCAUCUCACCCAUCUGAGGAAGGACCAGCAAGGAAAGCAGAUGAAAAUAAAGUAGAUGGAGUGAGUGUCCCAAAAGGCCAAAGUGGGAACUCCAGCCGUGGUCCAGGAGACGGAGGCAGCAGAGACCACUGGAAGGAGUCAGAUAGGAAAGAUGGCAGAAAGGAUCAAGACUCCAGAUCUGCACCUGAGCCAAAGAAAGCUGAAGAAAACCCAGCCUCUAAGUUCAGUUCUGCAAGCAAGUAUGCUGCUCUCUCCAUUGAUGGUGAAGACGAAAAUGAGGGAGAUUACACUGAAUAGACCUCUGCGUUGUGUGCUUUCUCCUAGUCUCUCUCCACCCUGGAACAUUCGAGAGCAAAUCAAACCUCUAUCCAGACAAGACAAAAUAAAACUCACCAUCUCCUGGAGACCUUUCUUAACUUUUUUUUAAAAAAACAAAACAAAAUGAAAUGAAAUACUUUUGCAUGCUGCUGCAGCCUUUAAAGUAUUGAACUAACUGGAGUAUCACCAGUGUAGAGAUGUACAGCUUUUAAUGGGAAAGUUGUGCAGUUUUAUGACACAUGCAGUUGCCUGUGUGAUUAGUGCCUAGGGGCCUCUGUUUAGCAGAAUGGCAGUAACAGUGAUGCAACGUCUGGAAUCUGGGCAGUAGGGCAGGUACAAGGAAGACUAUGAGGUUUCUGCCUUUAAUUCUUAUUAUCCUAUUGUGGCAUACAUGAAUUCUCAAACAUCUGAAUAAAUACUCCAUCCUUGGCAAGGUA